AUACAUAUACAGUGUGUGUCUGCAUUCUGCAACAACAAAUUGUAUCUCAGAAACUAGGAAUCUUUUGUGUGUGUAACUGCAGUGCAAAUUAAAGACCAUGGCCAGCAUAACACCUAUCUUUCAAGAUUUCCAAACAGCGGCGCCGUUUGCCACCACUGUUGCUGUCGGUGGUCUCUCUUUGUUGCUUGUCUCUUACACCGUCCGAGGAUAUAUCUCUGCCCACAAGAAGGGGCCUUCCAAACUCCCUCCCGUACCCGUGGUUCCAGGGCUACCGGUGAUAGGAAAUUUGCUACAGCUAACGGAGAAAAAACCCCACAAGACAUUUGCAAAGUGGGCUGAGAUAUAUGGGCCAAUCUACUCGAUCAGAACCGGUGCUUCCACUAUUAUUGUUCUCAAUUCCGCCGAUGUUUCCAAAGAGGCUAUGGUGACCAGAUAUUCAUCCAUCUCAACAAGAAAGUUGCCGAAAGCCUUAAAGAUUCUCACCUCUGAUAAAUGUAUGGUUUCAAUAAGUGACUACAAUGAGUUUCACAAGACAACAAAACGACACAUGCUUGCAAAUGUUUUGGGACCGAAUGCUCAGAAGCGACAUCGAUGCCACAGAGACACCAUGGUAGAAAAUGUUUUGAGCAAAUUACAUGCUCUUACAAGGAACUCUCCUCUUCAAGCUGUGAAUUUCAGGAAAAUAUUCGAGUGUGAACUUUUUGGUCUAUCUUUGAAAGAAGCUUUGGGGAAAGACUUGGAAUCCAUUUAUGUGGAAGAGCUUGGGAGCACUCUGUCAAAAGAUGACAUAUUUAAAGUUCUAGUGACUGACUUAAUGGAGAGUGGGAUUGAGGUGGAUUGGAGAGAUUUCUUCCCGUAUCUAGGAUGGAUUCCAAAUAAGCGUGUGGAAUUGAAACUUCAGCGAGCUGCUUCCCGCAGGCAAGCAGUGAUGAAUGCCCUGAUCAAGGAGCAGAAGGAGCGCAUAGCUUCAGGCGAGGAAUUAAAUUGUUACCUUGACUACUUGUUAUCUGAGGCAAAAACACUUACGAAUGAACAAAUUUCCAUGUUGGUUUGGGAGGUAAUCCUCGAGGCAGCAGAUACCACUUUGGUUGCAACAGAAUGGGCAAUGUAUGAGCUUGCUAAAGAUCCAAACCAGCAGGAUCGUCUGUACCGAGAAAUCCGAGACGUUUGUGGGUCUGACAUGAUUACUGAGGAACACUUGUCUCAGCUUCCAUACUUGAAUGCUAUUUUUCAUGAAACUCUGAGGAAGCACAGCCCUGUUCCAAUAAUACCUUUACGAUAUGCACACGAAGAUACCCAGUUAGGAGGGUACCAUGUUCCUGCUGGAAGUGAGAUUGCUAUAAACAUAUACGGGUGUAACAUGGACAAGAAACAAUGGGAAAACCCUGAAGAGUGGAAGCCCGAGAGGUUUCUUGAUGAGAAAUAUGAUUUGGCGGAUUUGCAAAAGACAAUGGCAUUUGGAGCCGGAAGGAGAGUAUGUGCCGGUAAUAUUCAGGCAUCGUUAAUAGCAUGUACAUCAGUCGGUAGGUUAGUGCAGGAGUUUGAAUGGAGGCUGAAAGAUGGGGAAGAGGAGAAUGUGGAUACUGUCAAGCUCACUUCCCAAAAACUCCAUCCCAUGCAAGCAAUUCUAAAGCCGAGAAAUUGAUGGGCUAAAACCCAAUGCAUGCUGCCUUUGAUUCCACUCUAAUAAAACUACUAGUGACUGAAAUCAAGGGUCAUUUUGGUUUGUAAUGUUUCUAUCAAUUGUGAUUAAAUCGUUGCCAUAUUUCAUAUUCCAAGAAAAA